AUGUCUUCACAAGUUCCAGAAUCAGAAGCUCUUAAGAUAAAAUACAAGGAAAUAGCAGCCUUGAAGAAAGCAAUACAAGAAAAGCAAGAAUUGAAAAGGCAACAACAACAGAGUGCUUCCAAGAUUCAGAAACAGGCGUAUAAAAGAAUAUUGAAAUUGCCAGUAAACCCAAAUGUUUUUCUUCAGCAAAAGCCAAAAUUUUCUAAUAUGACAUUGGUAGUUAAUAAUACAGGUGGUAGUACUAACGGAACAGCUUCGGCAACAAAAGAAGGCACAAGCUCCACUGACCAGCAGGGGUAUGUAAGUGUUCAGUCAUCUGGAGGUAAGUCAUUUUACAACAUAAAUGUUUAUCAGCAAGAAGCUGAAAAGUUGAAAGCCAAAAUUUUACUAAAGAAAAAACAGGUACAGGAACAGAAAAGAUUAGAGAAGAUAAGAAAUCAAAUUCCAAAGUUCCGAACUAUGUCUGACAAUUGUGAUCGAAUCAAGAUUAAUGGGGACAAGUACGCAGUGACGGAAAACGGACGAGCACUUGUACCCAUUAGAAUGUUUCAGCUUACUAACCCUAUAGAGUGUAUUUGGAAUGGAAACAAAUACCAAAGAAAUUCACAAGGAGUGUUUAAAUUGUCGACACCAGUCAGAAGAAAAAGAAAAAACACGGAGCUUUGUCGUUAUUUUACAAGAACAGGAAUGUGUGACAAAGGUAUAAAUUGCAAAUAUGAUCAUGAUAAGGAAAAAAUCAGAAUUUGUCCUCUAUUUUUAUUGGGCAAAUGUUAUUCGAAAAACUGUUUAUUAUCCCAUUCUCCAAAUGACAAUAAUACGCCGCAGUGUCGUUAUUUCUUAGAUAAGUCAUGUCAAAACCCCAAUUGCAAGUAUCGGCAUUUCAAACCGGCCCAUUAUAAUGACCCCAAUUAUGAAAUUUGGACUUGUCGGCCAUUUGCAAUUGGUGGGUUUUGCCUGAGAGGUAAGAAAUGUUCGUUUCUUCAUUUGUUAAAUUGUCCAGAUUUUGAAGAAGACAAUUACUGUGUUAUGGGUAGAGAGUGUCCACUCACCCACCAGUUUACGCUCAAAACACAAGAUCUGAUUGCCACAAAGUCAAAUAAGUAUAUACGAGAUGAAACUGUGGUUACAGAGGAGUCCACGCCAACACCAGUGAAAACGAUUGUUAAUAGUUAUACUGUUGAUCCUAAAUUAUUGUUUGUUGUCGAUGAGACUGGAAAUUACCAAUUCUAUAUAGACAACAAUGGUGGUGACAAAAGUCAAUUUGAUCUGAAUUUGGGGUCUCUGAAUGAAUUUUUGAUUGAGUUGUCUAGUUCAUCGGAAGAAAGUGAUUUAGAGGAUUCGCAAGAGGAAGAUGAUGAAAUUGAAGAGAAUGAAGAUUAUGUAGUUCUAUAG